AUAUGAAACCAAAGUCUCAAUCCUUGUAGUGGGAAGCCAAAGUCUCGAUCCUUCAGUUGGGGCAAAGACAAGAAGUCUCAAUCCUUGUAGUGGGAAGCCAAAGUCUUGAUCCUUCAGUUGGGGCAAAGACGAGAAGUCUCAAUUCUUGUAGUGGGAAGCCAAAGUCUUGAUCCUUCAGUUAGGGCAAAGACAAGAAGUCUCGAUCCUUGUAGUGGGAAGCCAAAUUCUCGAUCCUUCAGUUGGGGCAAAGACGAGAAAGAAAAACAGCAUGCACACUCCUCACUUCUUUCUCUAUAAAUUCAGAGGGCAGGACCUCAUGCUUAAUGCACAUUAUUCAUGGCCACCUACUUUAGCGUGAUUAGAGCUUUUGUUGCUCUCUUGUUGCCUCUUCUACCAUUAUUCUCUAUCCUUGCACAUUCCUCUUUUUCUGAUGCUGCAUUUUGUCAUGAAAAUGAAAGGGUUGCCCUUUCGGAAUUCAGAACUUCACUGAUCCACCCAAAUGAAACAUCACAGGGGAUCAAAUUUUUAGAAUCAUGGAAAGGGCUCAAUUGCUGUAAGUGGGAGGGAAUAGAGUGCCACAAGACCACAUCUCAUGUGAGGAGUAUAGAAUUGGUCUAUGUUAGAUGGCCUGCUGAACUGGGGAUAGGAUAUCUGAACGCCACUUCCUUGACUCUACUACCUCAGCUCCAGUACUGGCAUUUAACAUUCAACAACUUGGGUGAUGUUUUGCCAUUCAAAGAGCUAUCAAAGCUGAGGAAUUUGAAGGAGCUAGAUUUGUCUAACAAUAAAUUUGAGGGGAAGAUUCCUGAAGAGGUAAGUAUGCUUUCUUCCCUUCAUGUCCUCGAACUCGGGUACAAUUGGCUCCAAGGAAGUAUCCCUACAACAAUGGGCAAAUUGUCCCGUCUCAAGGUACUUAAUUUGGUUGGAAACACACUUAAUGGGAGUAUUCCUCCAUCUUUGGGCAAUUUAUCAUUUUUGGAGACUCUUGAUCUCUAUGGGAAUAAACUUGAACGGGCCAUACCUUCAUCUUUGGGCAAACUUACUCGCCUUCGGAUGUUGUAUCUGGGGAGCAAUCAACUUGUAGGCAGCAUACCUCCAACAUUGGGGAACCUCUCAGCUCUUCAAGAGCUUUACCUUUGCAACAAUCUCCUACGAGGUUUCAUCUCUCCUGAACUAGGUAAUCUGCGCUCAUUAGUAACCCUGUCGCUCUUUCAGAAUGACUUAUCCGGUGAUUUUUCCUUCAUCAUUCUUGCAAACCUAUCCAACCUAAAAGCUGUGGACAUUUCCAAUAACAUUAAGUUGGUCAUUUUACCAUCAGAUGAAGCUCCCUUGUUUCAGCUUUCCACACUAAUUUUGUCUUCAUGCGACAUGAGCAAGUUCGACAUUAGCAUUCCAACCUUCCUUUCUUCUGAAACCCAAUUAGAAUUUGUUGAUUUUUCAAACAGCAACAUUGUUGGGCGUAGCCCCACUUGGUUACUUCAAUCCACGAAGAUAUUGAUACUGCAUCAGAACCAUAUUAUGGGACCCCUUUUUUUGCCCAAAAUCCCCUCUAGACUCGAGUAUUUGGACAUCUCUAACAAUCACAUAAGUGGGGAACUACCAAUAAACUUUUCAAGUUAUUUUCCAAAUCUCACAGUAUGCCUAAUUUCUCAAAAUUUCCUACGUGGUAACGUUGCUAAUUACAUCAACAACCUAAAGCAAUUGGUCAUGUUAGAUUUGUCCACAAAUAACAUUUCAGGUAGUUUGCCUUCCUCAACCUAUAAUUUUAAAAUCUUGGACUUAUCAAACAACAAACUCAUUGGAAUGCUACCUUCUAAUCUAACUGGUGGAUAUCAACUAAAAUAUUUGAGUUUGUCCAAUAACUACUUGGAGGGACCCUUGGCUUCCAAAUACCUCAACCUCUCUAGCUUGGAAUCAUUGCAUCCUAGUGGCAACAGAUUUAGUGGAACGAUACCAGAAAAUCUAUUAUUGAGCAGUCAAUCAUUAAAAGUUCUAGACAUUGCAGAUAAUAACAUGUUGGGUGCCAUUCCUACUGAAAUAAAUAGGCUCGUAAAUUUGCAAGUGUUAAAUUUAAGAGGUAAUCACUUUAAGAGUGAUAUUCCAUUCAGUUUGUGUCAGUUACAAGUACUGGUUGUCUUGGACCUAUCUCAGAAUAACCUCCGAGGUCCUAUACCUCCUUGUUUUUAUAAUAUCUCUUCGUUGUCCAGUGUGGUCCCUACCCUUGGUGUUAACUCAGUUAUUGAUGUUGAUCUUAGUGAUUUAAAUGGUCCUGCUUCAUUUGCUCAAGAAGAAGAGGUCACUUUUGCCAAAGGCCGGGUGUAUAGUUUCACUAGAGAUGUUCUCUCACACGACAGGGCUAGAUUUGUCUGGAAACGAUUUGAGUGGUCCAAUUCCAUCCGAAAUGGGGCGGUUGAACCAUGUUAAAUCUGUCCAAUAACCAUGUAACAGGACCAAUCCCCGAGUCUUUGGGAGAGUUGUCAAGUCUCACAACUCUAGAUCUUU